GUUUUAAACUUUGACGUGCUCACAACAAUAUUUUUAUUUUAUUUUAAAUUAUUUUUUCUUUUCUAAAAGAUAUAAAGAAAUAAAUGUUCUUUUUUAUUAAAAACAAAAUACUUUUAACGGACUAUAAAUUAACGGAUUUUUUCACAAUAACACCAAAAAGUUAAUUAAUAAAACAAACAAUUCAUAACAGGGGAUUAACAAUAAUAAAUAAAGAAAGUGUGUCUCAGUGUUGAAAAAAAAAACAAACAAAAACAAUUGGAUUAUUAAAGUUUAGUGUAAAAUAUCAAUAUAAUAAUUUUGAUUAAAAAAUUAUUUAAUUAAAAAUAAAAAAAAACAUUUAACUUAAAAGUAACACAUGUUGUCGUUAAACAUUGUCACGUGUGUUGCAAAUUUAAUAUAAAUAUAAACAACAAUAACAAAAAUUAUAUACAGCCUACAAAUGUAUUCCCUAAAUUAUUUGAUUAUUAUCAUUAAACUAUUAGUGAUAAUGGAUGUAGAUGCAGCUCCCACUUCUACUCUAACUAAUAGUGUAAUAAACAGUGCUAAAGAUAUAAAUCAACAAUUAACACAACAACAACAUUCCGCCGCUUUAUCUACUUCAUCAUCGACAUCAACAACAAAUACUUUACGCUUGCGCAAACGCCAUCGUAAACGUCAUAGUAUUUGGUCGGAUUUUUAUAAUUAUAAUGAAAAUUCCACAAUGUUGGAGUGGUCAAAUCCCUGUAACGGUGAAUAUCGACCAAAUGUUAAGCAGCAGAAGAGACCCACUCGUAAGGAGCAGAAAAAGAUUUACAACAAUUUAAGACUUACUGCCUUAAAUGAUUUUAAUUAUUUAAAUACCAGCGAGCAACAAGAUAUUGAUAUAAGCAAUAUUGAAAUUUGGUGGCUGCACAAUGGAACAUAUAAAUUUUUGCCCAAAUUAAAAAUGAACUCAAGUAUCGCCCUUAAACGUUGGUAUCGUAAUAUGCAGACUUAUGUGGCCUCGUUUGCCUAUCUGUAUCGCAUACAAAUCAAAUAUGAUCGUUUUAAAUCGCAAAGAAAAUCCAGAACUUCUAAUGAACUCGAACAAUUAUUGCAAUCUUCCCGCACUAUGUUGUGUGAAUUAGAGACAGCGGUCAAUAAAACGUAUCCUGCUCGGAAUAAACAAAUACCUGAAAUUACACGUUUAGAAAUGAAUAAACGUUUGAAAUUGCGCACCAAACAACGUUUCAGAGAUAAUGCCAAUGUUUUGGCUGAAACUGAUUCCAUUGAUUUGAAAUUUGUAAAAUUUCACUACUUUGAAUAUUUGAAAAGUAUGUGGCAAAUUUUACGAAAAUUCAAUAAACGUAAAGGACAAGUAGCUCUCCAAAAUGGCUCGAAUAAAAGACAACAUCAACAGCAACAAUUUAAUGAAGUUGAUAAAUCUUUAAACAAACAACAAACAAAACGUAACAAGAAAAGGAAAAACUCCAAAACUAAACAUAAGUUAGCGUAAUCAUAAAAACCCCGUAAAUUAAGUUAGUUUAUAAGAGAAACACCUUAAGUUAUAACUCAUAUCUAUCCCUACUACAUACAUUCCCUUUCAUGACCCACAUUCCCAGAAAAUGUAAAAUAUUUAUUUUGCCUUCAAAAACAAAACAAAAACAUUUUUAUAUGAUCUAGUCAUUCCAUUUUCAAAACAAAAUUAUCUUUAAAAUAUCAUUCUCAUUUAAAAGAAAAAAGAACUGCAAGCAAAAUAAUCUCUCUCUAAAUAUUUAAAUAUUUCUCAAAUAUGUAUUAUUUAUACCAAUAGUAUUAAUUUGUAUUAUUUUUUUAUUUUAUAUAAUUUUUGUUUUUGUAAAAUAUUUGUGUAUUUAUAGACAGGUUCCUAUAUUUAGUUAUAUUUGUAACUGUAGUUAUACAUUCCAUUUAUUUAAAAAAAAACUGUGAUAUUAGUUUUAAAUGAAACAAAAUAUAUGAUUAUAAGUGUUUUUAUAAUUAAGUUCUCCUUUAGAUUUUAAAUUUGUAAUAUAAGAUACUGAUGAUGAUGAAUGAUGGCGUGUAAUUUAUUAUUGUUUAGUUAAUAAGUUAAUUUGUAAGAAUUUAAUUUGUAUUUAAUUAAUAAGUGUGACAAUAUACAUUCAUAUGUGUACGUACUUAUAACUUUUAUAAAGAAUGAAACAAACAAACCAAUCAAACCACAAAAAUCUUGAAAAACAAAAAAUUAAAUGACAAUUAUAUAAAAAAACUUAAUUAUAAAUCUUGUGUUUUUUAUUUCCACACAUAGGCACGCGAUAAUUUUCUUGGUGGUUGAAAAUAAACCAAACGGAGUAUUAAUAUUAUCUUGUAUUUAUGUACAUGUUUUUUUAAAAAUAAUCGUUUUUUCCAAUAAAGUUGGCUUUU